AUGGAGACAUCGACUGCAGUAUCACCCGCGCAAUUGCACGUAGAGCUACCUCAAAGUAUCGGAAAUGUUGCACCAGCAGAAACGAGUCCGUCUUCUUCUACAGGAAGCAACGUGGGCGAAGUUGAGAUGGAAAAGAGCCCGAGAACAUUGCAACAGGAGGUACAUAAACCCCAUGAAGACGGUAUUGAAUCAGAUAAAGCUCGUACUGAUAGUGAAGAAGAGGAGGAAUUGGAACAGCAGAAUCAACAGCAACAGCAGCAUCUACAACAAUCACAGGUGGUGUCAGCACCAGUUGAGAUUUUGACAACGGCAUUAGUGGCCCCUCCAGAAGAGAAUAUAGAGUCCAUAUUACCAGUAAAACCACCUACGAGUCCCCGUGAGGAGAUGAUCAAGCCUAGAACGCCGGUGGGAACUACGAGUCCCCGUGAGGAGACGAUAGAGCCUAGAACGCCAGUAGUAGGAACUACGAGUCCCCGUGAGGAGACGAUAGAGCCUAGAACGCCUGUAGUAGGAUCUACAAGCCCCCGUGAGGAGUUGAUCGAGCCUAGGACGCCAGUGGAGGCAUCGAUUUCCGUACCUACGACUCCUCGUGAGGAGAAUAUAGAGCAGACGUCACAUGUAAAGCAACCUUUUGAGCAAGAUUUUGCAGAAGAAAGUGUAUCUGUAGCUGCCCAUAAGCUGAGUGCCAAAACAGUGGAGGAAGAAGUAGAAGCACUAGAGAAGACCAAGGAGAUAGCAGAGCAGCUAAAGGCUGCUGAGACGGUUCAGGAGGUGCAGCCGUUACCGCCAUUGCCUGCUGCGAAGACUUUUGCCGUUGAAAACGUGGAGACGCAUGGUAAUGAGAUAGAACUGAAAGUACAGGAUGAAUCGGAGCUUAACGUACAGACAGCGGAGGCUCAAGAACACGAAGUGGAGCUCGUGAUCCCGUCUCCAAAGCACCCUGUCUCAUCGAACUUGGUGCAUCACGAUAUUGAUGAUGAAGCAAGCAGCAGUGAGGAAGAGGAAGAAGAAGCUGCAAGUGAGAAAGAAGAGGAAGGUGCUGAUUUGGGUACACCUUUAGGUUACGGGGGCGCUGCUGAUUUUAGUGAUGAACAAGCUGAUUUUGCGUCGCAUCGCUUCCUGGGUCCAAGUGUCGCCGACGAUCCGACUUCAGUCAGUGCGCUGCACAGCUUGCGUCGUGUUGCACUUCACGACAAGCCGCCUCGCUUUGUUAGUAAGGCACCGGUGAUCAAUGUCAGAUCGGGUAGCGUAACGAGUAGCGGUGAGUCUUCAGGACGGAAUUCGUCUAGUGCAAGUGUAAGAUAUGCUCGCGAUGACAAGUCGGAGAUGCGCUCGCAAUCAGUAGCUGGCUUUGUGGAGAACUCGCUCAACACUUACACUUUGACGUUUACUGAGUCUGUGCUGGGUUUCAAUACAAACGUUGUCAUGUCAUUGGAGAAUGAAUUGCUGGUCGAAGUGUGGAGUGUGGAGAAAGACAGUCCUGCUCAGCGUGGUGGUGUGGUAGUAGGUGACAAUCUCGUUAGCGUAAAUGGGCAGCAUAUCGAGCCACAUAUGACAAAGGAGCAGAUACUUGAGCUGAUUGAAACCUCCUCGACUCCGCGAACGCUUGUGUUCCAACGUGACAUGCAUGACAAGGAUGCGGCACUGUCCAGAAGUCUGCCUGACAAGAAGCUUUUACCUGCGAAACCUCUGAUUGGGCGUUUGGGUGCAGCUAUGAGCCAAGGUGCGUCCAUUAUCGGCUCCAAGUGGAAGCGUAAGAAAACAAUUGUGCAUGAGAAUUCGUUCUGUGAUGGCUGUGGCAUGGAUCCGAUCACUGGCGCGCUCUGGACGUGCAGCAUAUGCUCGAAUUACAAUUUAUGCAACGAGUGCUAUGACGCCGGUACGCAUGGUAUGGAAAACUCGGAGCAGAUGCAGGAGCUAAACGAGGCUAUUGUGCAGUAUAAGUUACAGAAGAAGUGCAAGCAUUUUACGCCCGAGUUUCUUUUGUCGCUCCGCCGUGAUAUUUGCAAGGGACGACCGGACAAGUUUGAGUAUCUUGGUGAAUGGAUUGCAAACAUUGUGGUGGGCACGUCUGCAGCAAAGAUAUUAGUACGAGGCAUUGAGAUUCCAUCUCUUCCGCCCGCUGCGCGUCAGCGAUUCGUAUCACAUCUUAUGCCGCUGGUCUCUAACCGAAUUGACAUUGAGGUGAACAUUGAAUGGCUACCUGAUGACGCCGACCAAAUCAACGCAGCUGAUCGUGCAAGCGUUGAUCGAAUGAGUGCCGGUGCAUUUGUCAGUGACAACGAAGAAGACGGUGAUAGCCUUCCUGACAACUUAGAAAAGCUUCGUAUCUGGAUUUCUGACAAAAAGACACGUACUACGUCACCGUUUGCGUGA